AUGGAUGUAGUCUAUUCCGGUUCUCAUAAAAUAACAAAACGAAGUUUGGUCGGCCUAGCAAAAAUUGCGAUAAAAUCUCAAAUAGAAUCCUCACUACAUCAAGUUCGUGAUGAAAUCUCUCCAGAUGUCCAAAACUUCUUAGCUAUACUAGAAAAUUUGUUUUACCAUGGAUUAAGACGUGAUAAAAAUAUUGUCGGGAGAAAAAAGCCUAAACAUCCAUGGAAUCUAAUACUUCAGCUAUCUGAUCCAAAUUGCCUUGCACACAUCUCAUCAGUAAAGCUUCUUGAUCAUCUGAAAAAUGACUUCUCGAAGUUACGAGCUUGGAUUAAGCUAUGUGUAAUGAAAUGUUGUCUGCAUACCGUAAUGCUAGACCUAGUUCGGAAGGAAACCAGUUUGAUCAACUAUUAUCGUCAGGAUGCAAUCUUCCGUUCAGAAGAAGUCUUUGAUAUAAUCCAUUCCCUUAUAGGAUUAGAGAAUGUACAAUUCAAUUUAGAUUUUAAAAUGGAAAUAAUGAAGCUGGCUGAUAUUCCUCCAAUCGACUUUUCACCUUUCCUUUCAUUUCGACAAAGUUUAGAAACACAACUUGGUGCAAUCUGUGAAUGUCAAAAUAAUGAGCAUAUUACUGAUGAUAGAAACAAAUGUGUUUGGCGUCGGGGAUUUGAGAAGUUAAAACAAAAUCAAUCGUAUUCUAUUGAACAACAGCAUUAUCAUGAAGAAUUGAUCCAGAAACAGUUUAUGCAAUUGGAUCAACACAGGGAUCAACUGAAACACUAUAAAGAAACAACUGCUAAUUUACAAAGUUAUAUUUUACAGUUACAAGUUGAAUUAACACUUAUUCAUGAACAAUAUGAACAAGAAUUAAAACGUUUAGGUGUUAGAGAACCACAGUUAACCGCUCCAACAUUUCAUAAUAUUUCAAGUCGGUCUCACCAAAUGACUUACCCUAGCAUCAGUAAUCCAAGGGCUAAAUUUACGCCAUAUCUAAAUACCUUAUCAAACAGUAUUAAUAAUCCUUGUAUGAGUAGUGCUAGUACCAGUCAACUGCCGUCAAUUUUAUCAGUAGAUCAAGGUGUAGACGCUCUUAGUUUAGAGUACUCUUCAAAUCCUUAUGAUGGUAGUAGUUAUCAAUCAUCAACUGUUGGCUAUGAUCCCGGUGAAUCAAAACGUUAUCGUUCAGUUCGAUUUUCUGGAUCAAAUUCAAAAGUUGAUCAAGAAAUAGGCGUACUGUAUUCAUCUGAUAGAAAAAUUGAUUCAAAACGUCUACCAUUACCUAUACGAGCUCGUUCUUCUUCUCCAGCUAGUAGUAACAGUCUGUACAGUACAAUAAGUGAGUUCUCUAGUAAACAAGAUCAUAUGAAACCAAAGAGUUCAUUGAAGUCAAGUACUCUCAUUCGAAAUCGUCAAAAACUCGAGAUCCCUGUGAAUGUUCAAACAAUACCAGCUGAACGUUUUAUCCUGCCUGAUAAUUCAUAUUCGAAUACAUCUUCUCCACCAAGUUCACCUAAAAAUCUUGAUAAUAUGACUGUUACUGUCAAACCAAGAAGUCAUAACUUAUUCUCUUGUUAUGUACCAAAAUUGUCAACUAAUGACGUAGAAGGUAUUAUUCGACAUGUGGAUAGUCUCAUGAAUCCUCAGAUUGCUAAUACAUCAAAAACAAAUUCAUCAGUGAUAAUGACAACAACGAGUAUUGUUGACAGUGAGCCUAGCGAUAUUGGUGAUGGUGGUGUAGCUGAUCGAAAAAAUUAUUGCUUCAAUCCUGAUCUACCUGAAUUAGAUUUAUUAGAUUCUUUAACAACCAGUGAAAUUAUGGAAACAUCAUCUGAGUAUAAUUCACAUGAAAGGCUACAUUCUACACGAGAGUAUUAUCAGUUAACUUCAGAAGAAGAUUUGAAUAGUGGAGAGUCUGUAAAUUAUAACUUAGUAGAGAAAAAAGAUGAUACUGUUGAUGAUAAAGAGGCAAGUAUUGAACAGCUGAUUAUCACUUCAACAAAGGAAUCUGAUCUCAAGUCUACUACUACUAAUGUACUUGAUACUGAUCAACAUGCUGUAGAAGAGGAUGUUUAA